UCAGAAGCAGGUCAGACACCCUGCUCUGAGCUGCCUUGGCCUCUUCCACUCCAUCCCAGAGAGCAGCAACAUUUGGUUUCUGUGGUCCACCCUUUCCUUCCAUUUCUGGUCAAAAGAAGCCUGGAGUUAGUCAAGGAAUAGCUAGCUUCCGCUAGCCAGCUCAUCUUGAGAUCAGGGGAAAAGGAGUCUCCCUGUUGGCCAAAAGAAAAAAAGAAAUGAUCCUCUGGAUGUUAGCCUUUCUAAUCAUAUUCUGUUUAUUGUGGAAUUGCAAAGGACUUCUAAGGAUUGCUGACAUUGAUGAUAAGUAUAUCUUCAUCACUGGGUGUGACACAGGCUUUGGAAACUUGGCAGCAAAAACUUUUGAUAAAAAAGGAUUUCGUGUUCUUGCCGCUUGUUUGACGGAAUCUGGAUCCAGAGCUCUAAAGGCAGCAACUUCUGGAAAGCUUCAAACUGUGCUAUUGGAUGUGACUGACCCAGACAAUGUGAAAAGGACAGCUCAGUGGGUGAAAGAUGAGGUUGGGGAAAAAGGUCUUUGGGGACUGAUCAACAACGCUGGCGUUCUUGGGGUAUUGGCUCCCACCGACUGGCUGACCGUGGAGCACUUCAGGGAGCCUUUUGAAGUAAAUCUGUUUGGUCUCAUUAAUGUGACGUUGAACAUGCUGCCUUUGGUCAAGAAAGCCCAAGGGAGGAUAAUCAAUGUCUCCAGCAUAGGCGGUCGGCUUGCAAUCUCUGGAGGUGGCUAUACUCCAUCCAAGUAUGCAGUGGAAGGGUUCAAUGAUAGCUUAAGGAGGGACAUGAAAGAAUUCGGCGUGAAAGUAUCAUGCAUCGAACCAGGAUUGUUUAAAACAGGACUGACAGAUCCCGCAAAGGCCACUGAAAAGAAAAUGGCCGUCUGGAAGCAACUUUCACCAGAUAUCAAACAACAGUAUGGAGAUGGGUACAUUGAAAAAAGUCUGGCUAAAAAAGGAAAACACAAGCUUUUUCAGAACAUAGACCUGUCACUGGUGGUAAAGUGCAUGGAUCAUGCCUUAACAAGCCUCUUUCCUCAAACUCACUACAUCGCUGGUGUAGAUGCCAAGACUUUUUGGAUUCCCCUGUCUCUCAUGCCAGCAGUGUUGCAAGAUUUUCUGUUGCUGAAACAUAAAGUAAAACUGGCUGAUCCAAAGGCGGUGUAAUUCACUCAACCUGAAUUGCUCAGCUCCUGAGCAAAUGAGGUUGAUAGAUUUAAAGACUAAUCAGGAUUUCAGCAUCAUUCCAGAUCUGAUUCAACCUGGGUCCAUUUGGAAGCCUGUGCUCCUCAACAUGAGCAGAGUGUCCUCAACCAUCUCUGAUGAACUGCUUGAGGUCUCUCCCAAGCCUUGACUAGAAAGAAAGAAAGCAGGAAUGGCAAACCAAGACUUGGCGGGUGGAGGGGGCAGUACUGCUGCCUGGGUAAAGUGGACCCAAAAUAUGGAUGGUCUACAUUAUUUGAAGGUCACUGAAAACCCCAGCCUCCCCACCCAAUGUUAUCUUCCUCUGGCCUGACACAGUACUUUUAUUUACCACCUUUAGAAUCAUUCUUUUUGAUUAAAGCGUCAUCUACAGGAGGCCUUACUAAAAUGUGAAAAACUUAAGUAGUGGGAGAGGUAAUGUGAUAUGACAUCCUCAUUAACAAGGAUGAAUUCAUCAGAUUAGCUCUUGUCACCUGGUGGGAGCUAGACACUGAGGUGCUGGAAGCAGGACAGGUAGCUUUUGAUGGUGGGAGGAUUGGAAUAGAACGGAGCAAGGGGUGCUUCCUGCAGAAGGCAGGUCAAAAUGGAGUUCUGAGUGAUACAGAGUGGCCCUGAGUAGUAAUGGGCAGAAGAAAGAAAGGUCCACCCUUUCUAUCCAAAAUAUUCUCUUCUACUGGCCUUGUGACAGGCCACAGAGAGGAAAGAAAGGGGGUUGGGGGGAGACAAAACUGACAGGGCGGGAGACCACAAAAUUGAAGUCAGGAGACAUCAAAGAUAAACUUCAACUACCUCACAGAGAACUGGGGCGGGGAUGGGGAGUUGGGGGAGGGAGAUAAUAUCAAGGUCCUAUUCUUUCCAGACCACUGAAAAUAAUAGCCAUCCAUGCCAAAUUAGAGGGUGUAAUCUUAGUCUCCUCCUAAAAAGGAAACAAAAAUAGCUGGGGAUUUUUAUCCUGGAAAUGGAUAGAAUGGCAAACCUCAAUCUUUGUGGCACACCUCACCCUCAAAGCAGAUGCAUGGCCCAUUGCGGGGUAUCCUGAUCCUUCCUUGCACGGGUCCCUUAGAGAACCGCCAAGAUCACUAAGAGAGUCAUACAGCCACUAUGUUUCAGAAGGAGGACUUGGACCCAAGUCAUCCUGACUUUACGGCAAGCUCUCUCUACCCAAACUGCCUCUCCUGAGCUACCAGAUAAACUCUAAUCUGGAGUUUCCGUGUUAAAUGUCAACCUGAACCCAAACUCACACCAAACUCAAUGGACUCUGGACCACCGCUCAAUCCGUCAAGGAGAUCCAAUCUGCUUACGUUGCUACCAGAGGCAUCAACACCCUCCUUAGGGUCCAUGGGCAGAUUAUUGAUAGUGGUAGCUCUCUCUGGACUUACCCGCUUUGAAUUUGUAACCCCAGGAGGUGUUUGAGAGUCAGGAAACUGGCCUGGGCUCUGGACUUGUCAAAUGGAGUAUCUAACAAUGCACUGAUGGGGUAAGCACAUCACAUCAUGUGGUGUCCUCCCAGCCUGAGCCUUUCUAAAACCCCCUGAAUGUGCCUAAAAACUCAGAAAGCAAGAAAGGGGGACUAGACACGUAUGAUUCGUGUUUUUAUCUUUUCCAUGCCCCAUGUUUAAAUAGUUGUUCAAUGGACCCCCUCCCCGACCUCAAACAAAAUAAAAAAGAAAAGCUUCCACAAUA